AUGAAUUCUAAGGGCAAAAGGGCUUUGGUUCCAAUUCAAAAAUAAAGCAAGCCAUCUUUUGAUUAUGAGUCAGCUCUGAAGGAACAUCGAGAGGUAGAGGAAAGAAUAAAAAUGGAAACUGACACUCAAGAUCCAAGGUAAUAGGAGUGA